AUGGGAAUGAACUGGUUGGAGUUCAACCAUGUUUAUAUCAAUUGUUACAACAAAACUUUACGGUUUCUUGUUCCUGAAGAUAAACAAGAAGAUGAAUUUAUAUCUGCUAAAGAAUUGAAGGAAUUAUUAAAAUAUGAAGCUAAAGCAUUUGCAAUGUUUUCCUCUUUAUCUAUGGAGAGUCAGACGACUAUUGAAGGGUUACUAGUGGUGUGUGAAUUUCCAGAGGUGUUUCCAGAUGACAUGUCUAAAUUUCCGUCCAAGAGAGAGACGGAGUUUACUAUUGAUCUUGUACCUGGUACUAGGUCGAUUUCUAUGGCACCAUACAGAAUGUUCGCAUUAGAGUUGGGAGAAUUGAAGAAUCAGUUGGAAAACUUACUUGAAAAGAGAUUUAUCAGGCCAAGUGUAUCACUUUGGGGAGAUCCAGUGUUGUUGGUGAAGAAGAAAUAUGGUAGCAUGUGA